UGGGAAAUGAAUCCAGUGAACUCCUCGCUGGGCAACGACACGGGGCUUCGAUAGACGAAAGUGCAUCCUCGGGCUAUGGGCCUCUGCCAAGGCAAGGACACCGCUGUGAAGGCACCCAUGGUCACACAGCCUCAAAUUGUCCCCGGUAGCUCGUCGUCGACCGAGUUGUUUGCGACGGCGGUCGCCUCUGCCAAGGCCGCUCCUCGCAGCCGCAGCAACGCCCAUGCGGCUGCAGCACGACUCUACUGCCUCCUCGCACCGUCCGACCCGCUCUUGGACGAUAUUGACUUCGUUGACGCGCCUGACGUCGUGGCCAUGUCGACUUGUAUUCGCUUGCCAGGUCCCACGAGCCCUUUCCGCCAGGUUGCCGCGUUGGCCGUCCAGAACAAGUCGUUCAAAUGUCGGAUGGAAGACACAUGUGUGAUUCAGGCCCAUCUUCCCGCGGACGUGCAGCUCUACGCAAUCUACGACGGCCAUGGCAGCCACGUCGUAUCGACGUACUUGGCACAGCACUUUCAUGUCGAGCUCAUCCAGCGGCGGUUGGCCAUGCCUGGUUUGUCGAUGGAAUCCGUCGUCAGCGACACGUUCGAGUCUAUCGAUACGGCCCUCGAAUCGCUCGACGCGGCAGAUCAAUGCGGGUCGACGGCGGUCGUACUGGUCGCGAACGGGAGCAACCACAUCACGGUGGCCAACUGCGGCGACUCGCACUGCUUGUACGUGACCGCCGACGGCGUUGUGGCUCGAAUCACCCAGGACCACCACGUCCGGAACGCGACCGAAGUGAGUCGCAUCAAGGCCAAGCACGGGAUGAUUCUCAACCAUCGCGUGUCCGGCGUGAGCAAAGUGACUCGCGCGUUUGGCCAGCACGACGACAAGGACUUUGUCAUUGCCAAACCGGCCAUCACGACCAUCACGGUCGAGCCGGCGCGGACCGACGACGAAUGUGCCAGCCGUGGGUACUUUGUGCUCAUGAGCGACGGCAUUUCGGACGUCCUGCAGGACCAAGAAAUCGCCCGCUACGUUAGCACGGGGCUCGCCAUGGGGUGGGCCGUCGACAUCAUUUGCCAGACUCUUGUCGACCUCUGCAAAGUCAAGCGCGCGCGGGACAACAUGAGUGUUGUCUUGGUGCUCACAUGACGGUUGCUCUGCAUAUCGUAUUUAUAAGAGGCAGCAAUGGAGAGACUACGUUCGUGCAUCGGAGGGACACCAAGAGUUGCGGAGCAACGAGCACGAAUUUGUGCACACGGUUCGAGCAACGUGCACGAUGGCCCGACCGAUUCAACGCACACGAGUUGCUGAGCAAUGUCGAACGACUGUCCACUCGGUUUGGUGCCAUGGACGAGAGCGACAUGCAGAUUCAACGCGACGGCAAAUGGCGGGGCAUUCCGGUGCUUCUUUGAGUUGUGAGUUGCUCACCAAAGCAGCUGCAUGUCCAACGAAUUUGAAUCCCCGUUCGAGCCACGUGCGACCAGAGCAGUG